GGAUGCCAUGUGGAUCUAUUUCUGGUUCUUUUUGGACUGCAGUUGCCUUUCAUUUCACUAUGCCCCAUAAACUGUGUGUGUUAUCCUUCACCAAUGACUGUCAGCUGUCAGUCACACAACUUUGGAGUUGUACCGGAGGGCAUUCCAGAAAUAAGCGAGAGGAUAUUUCUACAAAACAAUCAGAUAACCAUGCUCCUUCGUGGACAUUUCAGCCCUUCCUUAGUCACACUGUGGCUUUAUAGCAACAACAUUACAUUCAUAGAUCCAGAUACAUUUGAAGGGUUUGACAACCUUGAAGAGCUGGAUCUAGGGGACAAUCGCUAUUUGAGGGCUUUAGCAGCAGAGACUUUUCAGGGUUUGACCAGACUUCAUACCUUGAACCUGUACAAAUGUGGCCUCAGUUCUUUGCCUACUGGAAUAUUUAAUGGCCUCCAUAGUCUGCAGUAUCUCUAUCUCCAGAACAACCACAUUGAGUUCCUCCAGGAUGACAUCUUUAUCGAUUUGGUCAAUCUAAGUCAUCUGUUUUUGCAUGGCAACAAGCUUUGGAGCCUCCAUCAAAAUACAUUUAGGGGCCUGGUCAACCUAGACCGCCUUCUGCUCCAUCAGAACCAACUCCAAUUUAUUCACAAAAAUGCAUUCCAUGAUCUUAAGAGGCUAACCACACUUUUUCUGUUUAACAACAGCAUUUCUGAACUUCAGGGGGAAUGUUUAGCUCACCUUUCUGCUCUAGAGUUUCUGAGAUUGAAUGAUAACCCCUGGGACUGUGGCUGCAAAGCUAGGUCUCUUUGGGAGUGGUUACAAAAAUUUAGAGGGACAAGUUCAAGUGUGGAAUGUGAGUCACCUCCAAUGUUGCAAGGUAGAGAUCUCAAAACUUUGAAAACAGAGCAAUACAUACACUGUUCAGGCUCUGAGUCUCUUCACCAAAUUAAGACAUUCAGUACGACACACCAGAUAUCACAUAAAGGACACCAUUCACAUCAUUCUUCAAAAGAGAAGGGAAAAGAUUUGCACCAAAAUGAGCCAGCUGCCUAUCCAGAUUCACGUCCAGGAAACAGGAAACUUGGGAAGAACUGCACAAACCACAAGAACCGAAAUCGGAUCUCAAAGCCCCUCUCUGGGAAGAGCAUCCACGACGUACAGGAUUACAUGCCGGAUUAUCAGCUGAAAUUAAAUUUUGACACUAUCCCCACUGCUACAACAAAGAGGAAGACUAAAUGUACUCGUAGGACGUCCCUCAGGAUACCCAGUGGAGUGCAGGCACCAGGCAACAGGUGUGAUGGGGUCAGGGUAUCUCUGCUGCUCUUUCUCCUGGUUCUGGCUGUCAUUGUACGCUGA